CUGCCCAUCACUCGCCACUCGCUCGCCUCGCAUCCAAGCGCACACCCCGGCAAGCUGCCCUCGCCGCCUCGGUCAACCUGGCACUUUGGGCUUCCCUGGACGGAUCACGUACUACCGCAUUCGGUAGCUCUGCCAGUUGUGUUCCGCUUCCUCGAUUCUUGGGUUGCCAUGAUCCGGUCACACGGUCCCGGCGAGCAUGUCAACCUUCAAAGGCAUCGUCGCCGAGUUCCCUCAGAUCCGGAUCGACUACUUCAAGCAUCAACCAGAACACAGGGCGCCUUUAGCUUGCUUCUUGAGCCAUGUGCAUAGUGAUCAUCUGAUCGGGUUGGAGUCGUUACGGGCGCCAUUCGUGUAUUGUUCGGCCGCGACUCGCGAGGUAUUGCUCCGACUGGAAAAAUAUCACUACCGGAUCAACUUUGCGCAGGGCAAACUCGAAAGCAGAAAUGUGACUUACGACAGGAGCAUGCGCAGAUUGGCAAAGCCACUGCCCCUCGAUACACCUACGACCAUCGAGCUUGCCCCAGGAAACAACAUCCAGGUGACCCUCGUCGACGCCAAUCACUGCAUUGGUGCGGUCAUGUUCCUCAUCGAAGGUGAUGGUAAGGCCAUCUUAUAUACUGGCGAUACAAGAGCGGAGAUUUGGUGGGUCAAUACACUAGUGCAGAACCCAAUCCUGCUGCCCUAUACCCUUGGCCCUCGACGACUAGACUGCAUGUACUUGGAUACGACAUUUGCAACUAAAUCACAUCCCUACCGCGAGUUUCAAUCGAAAGGAGAGGGUAUCAAAGAGCUACUGGGCAAGAUCUCGAAAUACCCAGACGACACCAUCUUUUACUUCCACUCAUGGACUUUUGGAUAUGAGAACGUUUGGAUAGCUCUGUCUGCAUUUCUUCGAUCGAGAAUCCACUUGGAUAGUUAUAGGGCCGGCAUCUAUGGCUCGUUGUCAAGUCUUGACAAGAAGUCUCUUCGAGAAGUAGGCCUCCAUGUCACCUUUGACAACAAAUUCCUCCGAGAGAGUGGGUUGGACAUUCGAGAAGCGCCUGCGUUGUGUGGAUUCCGGAAUGGCAAUCGUAUGCAGCCAGGCUGCUUGACGUCUCAGCCCAGCGUGCGCAUUCAUUCUUGCGAACGUGGAAUGGGCUGCCCGGUCCUUGAUCAUGACAAGAACGCUAGUGUGGUUCAUAUUAUACCGAUCGUGACGCGAGUCAAAGGCAGCAACGUUGAAAUAGCUGAGCUAGGCGCAGGAGGCGGCAAAGGCGAUCUGGAUCAAAAAGAAGAACUCGAGACCGGCAAUGCAGCCGACAUUAACAAGAUCAUUGAGCUGUGCGCCAAGACUAUCAAGGACGAAACCCUCCUGUCCAAGUUGUCGAACGUAUUACAGGAAGCACUUAAAGAGCGCAAUGGAACGAUUGAUCUUGAUAUGGAUUUGCAAAAGGAAAGCCCGGACAAGAAGCCAGAACUUUCGCUUGAGCACCUGGCUUCAGUUCUCUCAACGCGUUUGAACAAGUCCCAGGACGCAGAGCCACCUCUGAACAAAACAAUCCGCUUUCCUUACUCUCGUCAUUCCUCCUUCGCAGAACUAUGCAGCUUAGUCGAUGCGUUCAAACCCAAAGACGUCUUCCCCUGCACUGUGAAUGAGAACAAAUGGGAUCCUGAGCUUAGCAUGCGGUACCUGUUUGGGCCAUUCUGCUCAGGCGAUACCUUCCGCCAUGAUACCGAGAUGAUGAAGAUUUACGAAGCUAGAUUGGAGCAGGAAAGUUACGAAAGACGCGUGCAGAGUGAGAGUCAGAGUGAGACGCAAAGCAGUCGCGGAGGGACUGCCAGCCCUCAUGCAAAUCACCACACUAUUUCCAAACUGGACGGAGAAGGCGAAGACGAAGGCGUGGGGUCAGAUGGACGUACUGGAGACUCUGGAGCCUUUCGGGCGCCAGCAGAUGUUCUGGUUCUGCAUGAAGACACGGCGUUUGUCUCAGAAACGGUAGCUCCACCCACAGGCCAGGAGCGGCAUCGCAGCGCUUCGCCGGCAGAUCAGGCCGAAGGCGAACAAGAUACAACGGUCACCGACAACCUUGAGCUACCAUCAACUCUCCAAGACACACCAUUCGCCGCCGCCAAACGGCCUGCCAGCGAAGCGUCUAAUGAGCCUAACGAGCACAAGCACAAGAGACUCAAGAAUUGGCGAAUAGCAUACGAAGCAGCCCUGGGUCUCAACGGCCUGACAUGGGCUGACUACGGUGGUCUCGUCUCGGCGCGACCAGAAACCGAAGAGGAAGAGCUGGGAACCGAGGCAUAGCAUUUGGGAAGGCGUUUUGGUAUGAUACCCAUUGUUUUCAAUCCCGCUAGGAGAUCUAUGCACAUGCAUUGCUGCAGCAUAAAAUAGUAUUUACAACAAACCGAAAAAUUUCUCAACCACUCAGCCACUGUUUCCACGCUUAGGGCAAAGGUCCCGGUGC